AUGGGGAAACCGAGGAAAGGAAGGAACACGAGAGGCGCCGACGAAGAUUCGGAUGGAGAAAUUGAUUUGGACCCGAUUGCUAAGGCCAUGAAGGAAAUUGACGACGACAUUGCAAGUGCCAAGGCUGGAGGCAAGAAGGGAAAAAAGAAGAAAAAGAAGGAUGUUGAUGAGUUGUUUGAUGAGCUGGGAGCCAUGGGUGGAGACGGGGAAAUGGCCGAGGAGUCAGGCAACAUCCCCGAUGAAGAGGAAACUGCCACCAAAGGGAAGAAGGGCAAGAAAGGACGGAAAAGAAAAGAUGACUGGGAAGUGGAUGAUAUUGCUAAGGAGCUUGAAGACCUCAAAAUGGAGGAGAAGAAGGAGAAAGGAGACAAAGGAAACAAGAAAGUGGAGAACAUAGCAACUGAGGACAUGGAUGGAGGUGAUCAGGACAAAGAGACUGAGGACCACAAUGUAAAGAAGCCCACAGAUGAUGAUGAGGAGGAUGGUGAAGAUGGUCCGGUGAUCAAGACGGCCGCCCAGAAGCGGGCAGAGAAGAAGGAGCGAGAACGGAAGAAGAAGGAGCUGCAGCGGGCUGAGGCCAGAAACCGCCGGCAGAGGCAACAGACCAAGGAUGUUGACAAAGAGGAGGCACAGCCUGAGGGUGACAGAGCAGCAUCAGAGACCACCCAAGCUGAGGCCAAAUUAGAGGACGAAGAAGCUCAGGAAGAUGGAGACAAGAAGAAGAGGAAGAAGAAGAAAAAGAAGGGCAAAGAUGAAGACGAUGAACCCGAAGAAAUCAAAGAGUCAUCAGAAAUCACAGCAGCAGAUGAAGAGGCCAAAAGGGGUGAAGUGGCCAGUCUACACCCACAACUGGAGGUCCAUCAGCUGGAUUUGAAUCCGUGA